UAAGGAAAUAAGUAUCUAAAUAACUAUCCCUGACAAAACACGUUUAUACAUAUAUUAGACUGCGGUCAAUAAACCAACACAAACCAAAACAAAAGGCAUUGGUAUCACUAACUAAUAAGUGCUAAUAAGGGUGACAUGUCAUCUUGGACAGAUCAUUAGUCAAAGUGUCACCUUGUGGUAGGAGUUGUAACUGCACGGAUUCACUGAGACAACAUGAUAAACAGCCAACAAACAGCUCAAUGUUAGUUUUCUGACAUGGUUAGUACUAUAUCUGUAGUAAUAACUAGCUCUGGGAAGAGAGAGAGGAAUAUAAACACAUACAUUAAAAUCAACCAGCUCAACAAGCUGACCUUGAAGGACCACAUUGUUUAUAUCAAUGAGAGUGACUUCUGACAGCCAGACACACACGAAGCACAGACCAGCAGUCAUCAGUUAAUGAAGCAGCUGGGCAUAAACAUAAAGCUCAACUAGAGAUGUUAUUAUUAUCUUCAAUCCUGCACAACGAGAUGAGCAGCUAGCAGCCUGCUGCAGCAGUUAGCAUGGGAGCUAACCAGAGACACAGAGAGAAAGACGCACAGAAAGCAGGAGAAGAGACAUUUCCUCUUAAAGGUGAUAAAUCUGCGAUACUCUUACUGAUCCACAAGUGGAAACUUCAGGAACACAGCUUCUGAGUGAUGGAUGUGUGGGCCAGAGCAGCGGCUCUGUCUCUGGUGCUGCAACAGCUGGUGCUCACUGUCACAGCUCAAGGCAUUAUCUAUGACCUGCUGGUGUCUCCGGACUGCCUGCCAGACUUGCUCCAAGGCAGCCUGAAGAACAAAGGGCGAGAUGAGGCCUUCAUCCUCUCCUCCUUCAGACUCCACAGCAAGGCCCCCACCUCUCUCUACAGUAUCAUCAACCCCAAAGACAACACCAAGUACCUGGAGGUCAGCAUGCAGGCCAAGCUGAGCAAGGUGACCGUUCGUUACCAGAAGACUGACGGCAGAUUUGUCACCACCAGUUUCAACCACCCUUCCCUGUCAGAUGGCCGAGAUCACCAUGUGAUGCUACAUGCCAGCGGUCUACAGGGCGGUCCGCCUCGCCUCAACAUCUAUGUAGACUGCAGACUGGCACACACUUUGGAGGAUCUGCCGGCUGCGUUUGGGUCACUUCCCCCCGGUUCCAACAAGGUGGCACUAAGGACCCUACAGUCAAGUGGACAGGAUGAACUGACAGACUUGAAGCUGGUGAUAGAGGACACCAUAGACAAUGUGGCAACUCUGCAGGACUGCAGUGUGGAUCAGCGUGAAUCUCUGCAGCUGCUGAGUAUCCAGGGAGGCAGGACGGAACGCGACCAGGCCACCAUACAGGAGCUGAAGAGCAUGUUAUCUGAGAUGAAGGAGCUGCUCCACAAGCAGAUUAAGGAGACAACUUUUCUGAGGAAUACCAUCGCAGAGUGUCUUGCCUGUGGUCUCGGGGGCGAUCCAACCAACACAGGUCCAGCUCCAAGUCCUGCCCAGUUCGUCAUGCAGCCUCAGCCUCUGACUCAGUGCUCACCUGGGACCUGUUUCAGACAGAACAUGUGCAUCCGUUCAGAGUCAGGGGGUUUCAAGUGUGCCCCCUGUCCUGAUGGAUAUACAGGAGACGGGGUGCGCUGUGACGACGUAGAUGAGUGCCAGUUUAACCCAUGUCACCCUGGUGUCCGGUGCGUGAACACUGCUCCUGGUUUUCGCUGUGAGAAAUGCCCUCUGGGAUUCAGCGGGCCAGAGCUAACUGGAGUGGGAGUGUCCUAUGCUAAGUCCCACAAACAGGUGUGUGACGAUAUAGAUGAGUGUCUGGGCCCACCUGAGAAUGGAGGCUGCACUGCCAACUCGCACUGCUACAACACUUUAGGGUCCUUCCGCUGUGGAGAGUGUAAAACUGACUUCUCAGGUGACCAGGUGAGCGGCUGCCAUGGCACCAGGUUCUGCCCCAACGGUCAACCCAGCCCCUGUGACGCCAAUGCCCAGUGUGUCGUGGAGAGAGACGGCAGCAUCAGCUGUGUGUGUGGUGUUGGUUGGGCAGGUAAUGGCUAUGUGUGUGGAAAGGACACAGAUAUUGACGGAUAUCCUGACUAUAAGCUCGAGUGCAGAGACACCAACUGUAAGCAGGAUAACUGUGUGUUUGUGCCAAACUCUGGCCAAGAGGAUGCAGACAGGGACGGGAUGGGUGACUCCUGUGACGAUGAUGCAGACAAUGAUGGCAUUAUUAACAUAGAUGACAACUGCUGGGUCGUUCCUAACGUGGACCAAAGGAACAGCGAUAAGGAUCUCCUUGGCGAUGCCUGUGACAACUGCAGAAAACUCGACAACCCCUCACAGAGGGACACCGAUGGGGACGGGAAGGGAGAUGAAUGUGAUGAUGAUAUGGAUGGAGACGGCUUUAAGAAUAUCCUUGACAACUGCCAGCGAGUCCCCAACGCAGACCAGAGAGACAGAGACAACGACGGGGUGGGAGAUGCCUGUGACAGCUGUCCUGAUAUGGCCAACCCUAACCAGUUUGACUCAGAUGAUGACCUUGUGGGAGAUACCUGUGACAACAACAUAGACAGUGAUGGCGAUGGCCACCAGAACUCAAAAGACAACUGUCCCACAAUCAUCAACUCCUCUCAGCUGGACACUGACAAGGAUGGAAUGGGAGAUGAAUGUGACGAUGACGACGAUAACGACGGUGUAGUGGACGAUGAUGACAACUGCAGACUAGUGCCCAACCCAGACCAACAGGACUCAGAUGAUAACGGAGUCGGAGAUGCAUGUGAAGGAGAUUUUGACAAAGACAACGUCAUUGACACAAUCGACCACUGCCCGGAGAACGCUGAGGUCACCCUGACCGACUUCAGAGCCUAUCAGACCGUAGUGCUGGAUCCAGAGGGGGACUCUCAGAUUGACCCCAACUGGGUGGUCCUCAAUCAGGGCAUGGAGAUAGUUCAGACCAUGAACUCUGACCCUGGCCUUGCUGUAGGGUACAAAGCAUUCAGUGGGGUUGACUUUGAGGGAACAUUCCACGUGAACACUGUGACAGAUGACGACUAUACCGGCUUCAUCUUCGGCUACCAGGAUUCCUCCUCCUUCUAUGUGGUGAUGUGGAAACAGACAGAACAAACCUACUGGCAGGCUGCACCCUUCAGAGCCGUCGCUGAGCCAGGAAUACAACUCAAGGCUGUGAAGUCAAAGACGGGCCCUGGUGAGUAUCUGAGGAACUCCCUCUGGCACACAGGAGACACCAAAGAUCAGGUGCGUCUCCUGUGGAAGGACCCCAGGGACGUUGGUUGGAAGGACAAGGUCUCCUACCGCUGGUUCCUCCAGCACAGACCACAGGUUGGAUACAUCAGGGCUCGCUUCUUUGAGGGUUCGCAACUGGUGGCGGACACAGAGGUAAUAAUUGACACCAGUAUGAGAGGCGGAAGACUGGGUGUGUUCUGCUUCUCUCAGGAAAACAUCAUCUGGUCCAAUCUGAAGUACCGCUGCAACGACACUAUUCCUGCUGACUACGAGGAGCUCAAUGCCCACAACACAGAGUGAAGCGAGAGAAGGAGAGCGAUCCAUCAAGGAAACAACUUGACCCCUGCUGAAAAUGUGGAUGAAAGGAGCAGAGAUGUGUUGUUGAGAACAAAAAGGUAGAGGAGAACACGAAUUAGAGGAAAAAAGAUAAAUGUGAGAGGGAACAUGAUGGACAGUUUCGGGGAAAGACUUUGGUGAUGGUAUUUUAACUUUGUCAUUUGAGUGAGAGGGUCUUAAGAAAGCAUAACAUUGGGCAUUGUAUACUUUAAUUGUUUAUAACUGAAGCCAGUACAUCUUGUAUAAAUCAGCAGGUUCUGUAUAUGUUAAUGCAAUUUUAUCACCAUUUUAGAAGUACUAUUAAAGAUGCAAUACUGUUUUUGAAUAUUUUGCAAGUACAAUAAAAUUCGGAGCAUUUAAGAAAAU